CGCAGAGGGCCGGCGGCGGGGGCUGCCCUGCUCCCCCCGGCCCCUGCCCGCCGCCGGCUCCUUAUUUUCCCCUCGCAGUGGGCAGAGCCCCCUCGCCCUCGAGCAGGCGCCGCAGCUGCCGGCACCCCCACGACUUGUUGUUGGUGGGUCUGGUGCCGGAGCACCCGGGAGGAGGGGCGGGGGCGGCGCACGGCGGGGCGGGAGCGGUAUAUGCUGCUCCUCGCCGGGGCCACCCUCCAGACCGGCCACUGCUCCGGAGCGAGCCCGGAGCCUCUCUCCGCCUGGAGUUGCAGUUCGUCUCCGAUCCCCUUGGGAUUUAAACCUUCUUGCAUAUAUAUAUUUUUUUUUCCCCUUCCUCCUCCUCUUCCUCUCUUUUUCUCCCGUGCAAAGUGGAGCAGGAACUGCACCAAGGCAGCCCGCGAGAUCCUGCAACACUGCUCCGAUUUAAUUCCCUGCUAUUAUUCCUAAUUAAUUAUUAUUUUUGACCUCGCCCCCCCCCCCCCUUCCGCCGGGGAGGGAAGCGGGACCAUUCUCGGCAAGAGAAACAUUUCGCUCCGUAUCUAUAAUAAAGAUUUUUGAUUUUUCCCCUUUCCGAGGAGGGGCCGGGUGGAGGGCAGGCACGGCAGGGGGGGGCCGGCCCUCGGUGGAGAGCGCAGCCCCGCGGUCCCGGCGCGGAGCGCGGCCGCGGCGGCGGGGGGAGGCGGCCCCAGCGCCGCCCGCGAGAGGGGGGCAGCCGCCCCAGACAGGUGAUGGGCGUUUCGGCUGCGCUCCGGAUCGACUCCUUGGGUUUCACUUUGGUCUGAUCUAAGCAAAUAUGCAGAAGUACCGGCUGGUCUAGUCCUAAGAGCCAAGAGGAGCGAGCGAGAGCGGCAGAAGGGAGAGCAGCCACGCUCCCGUAGCGAGGGGAACGUACAAACAGCGGCCGCGCCGUCAUUAAGCUACCGCCGCCCCGGGCAGCCCCGACCCACCCCUGGAUGCGGAGGACCCCCGAGCCACCCCGCUGCCUUUCCCCUGAGGGAUGGUACUGAAUUUCUGCGCGGCAGGAGCCGGCCUGCAGCUCCUCUCCAUCAGCGUUGCCUUCCCUCCGUGUCUAAAGUGCACUAGACCGCGAUGAGGACCUGGGCUUGCGUUUUGCUGAUAGGUUUUGGCUACCUGUCCUUUACCUUCUCCGAGGAGGCCGAGAUCCCGCAGGAGCUCAUCGAGCGGCUGGCGCACAGCGAGAUCCACAGCAUCCGCGACUUGCAGCGCCUCCUGGAGAUUGACUCCGUAGGAUAUGAUGAUGUUUCAGAAACAAACUUGAGAUCCUAUAGCGUUCAUUCUGCUAAACAUGUGCAAGAGAAUCGUCCUGUGCCCAUUCGCAGAAAAAGAAGCAUUGAGGAGGCCAUCCCGGCUGUCUGCAAGACACGGACGGUCAUCUACGAGAUACCUCGGAGUCAGAUCGAUCCCACCUCGGCCAACUUCCUGAUAUGGCCGCCCUGCGUGGAGGUGAAGCGCUGCACUGGCUGCUGCAACACCAGCAGUGUGAAAUGCCAGCCGUCCCGGAUACACCACAGAAGUGUCAAGGUGGCAAAAGUGGAAUAUGUUAGAAAAAAGCCAAAAUUAAAAGAAGUUCUGGUGAGAUUAGAAGAGCAUAUGGAAUGCACCUGUACAUCAUCAAAUACUAAUUCAGAUUAUAGAGAAGAAGAAACUGGCGAGACCGAGGCAUGGAGAAAAGACUGUGCAAGGUCAUACAGCAAGGCUGUGGCAGAACCAGGGAUAGGACUCAGAUCUGAGUGCUCAUCCAGUGCCCUAAAUCACACGACCAUCUUCCCUUUCCAAGAAUGAAUCCUUGCACCCUUAGAGCUAAAUACUGAAAAGAUUGAGGGCCUCCUCUCGUCCUUGGACCCAGUUUGCACAUCUCCUCCAGCCACAGCCGGACCGGCUGAAUGGACUCCUGCUCUCCUCUGGCCUUAGGAACAAUGGCUUUCAUCAUCCCCACCAGACUGCACUUUAAGGAUGAAAGGGCUUCUCAUUUCAUAUAUCCUACUGCUGCUAGAACUAUAAAUCAUCAAUGGACUGAAUUUAUAGCCAACUGCUACUGCAAGUGAGUGAAAUUUAUUUUGUGUUGUCAUAUGUAUGGUCAAACUGUCCAAGAAGUUGCCAAACAAAGAACUGAGCUGCUGAUGGGCAACCCACUCAAUCUAUUCUCAUUUUAUUUAAAAAUAAUAAAUAGUUAUCAAUCAAAAGAACUUAUUUUGACAUGUGCUACCUGUUGGGUGAUCCUCAGUAUGUCUGGGAUGUGUCCAUAAAUGGAAGAAAACUGCCAGCUGUUGCCAGGUCCAGCAGAUAUUACAUGGAUUUCCACCAAAAAAAGGUUUGUGGGCUCACUAGGGUUGGGGACAGGUUAAGGGCCAUCUCCUUUUUUAGCACAACUUGCUGUUCUGAGAGUGUUUGCUCAGGUAGCAGGUGUGCACAGAGGCCACAUCCAGCCACACUGACCUCUGCUUGAAUCAAUGGCAAAUCUGCAUUGACCUGUAUACAGCAGUGGUCCUUCUUCUGUCUCACAGUUUGAUGGCAGGUGGAUUUUUUGUGGAUCUUUGGGGUCUGGAAAGCUGGCCUGUGUCUAUUUUGGUGCCUUGUGAUGGUGACGAGCUAAAAAGGAGAGAGUAGAAACUCUUCAAGUUGCAGGGGUCUGAAUCAUGCAUUUCUGUAUGAUUUUCUUACAGAGCGAACAAGCCUGAAAGGUCAUUUUUGUGUUUUACCCAGGCUCAUUAAUUAUAGCUGGGGGUGUUGGGAGCUGCCUUUCCCUGCUUGCUCCUGUUGUCCUGCCCGAUUCAAUCCCUGCAGCCUCCCACCCCCUUGUCUGUGGUUUAUGGCCACAUCUGGAGUGUCUCCCUGCACACGUGCUGGUAGGAGCCUCCACCCUGCCAACACACACAUUGUGGCUUUUUGGUGUCCGUGGAGUUCUAGGCAUCUUUCCCCACACUUGUUUUUGCGUGAGAGGGAAAGAGAGAAGGGGCACGGGAAGGGCAGUGGCAGAGAAGGCCUCUGACAUGAAAUUCCCAGGAACAGGAUUUGCACAUUUUAUGACCGUUCAGAUGGAAAUGCAACGGAGCUGAAUUAUUCCUCCUUAAUCCUGCUUUCUCACUUUUCUCCCAGCAGCCUCUUCCCCUCCAGUUUAGGUAAUACAGAAGCUUAUAAACAAAUCCCCCCGCGUGAAAAAUAGCAAAGCCGGGGGAAAAAAAGGACCUGGGUUAGGGCUGUGAUGGAUAGACAGGUGGAAGGCAGGCACCAGAAGGGAGGAUGAAUGGUAAAAGCCUUUGAUGGAAACACUAAAGAGCUAUUGAAAAUCCAAGGGGUAGGGGGAGGGAGGAGAAAGAAUAGCAGGAGGAGGGAAAGCAAGGCAGCCGUGCCCCCGUCCCCCCGCCCUCUUUCUCAGGAUGUUGAAAGUAUUUGUCCUUCAUUACAAAAUGAUUGAACUGCCGCCAGGCCAGGCCACCCUUCCAGCCAUUGCACUGGGAAACUGGCACUUCUGAAAGCCUCGUCGCCUCUCAAAUUUUAUAGCUUUCCCUUUUUGUGGGAGUUUUUGUGUUGUGCUGUUUGCAGGAUUGUUUUCAGAUUUGCCGCAUAUCAAAGAAACUAUAUUUUGUUGCUCUGAUGAACACAGAAUCCAGGUAAUGAAAAGAAGAAUUUAAAAAAUAAAGGCCCAUUUUUUAUCAGAA